CAGGGCAGAGCUGAGGAGCUCCUGCCCAGCCCAGGCUGUGCAGGGCGUGUGCUGAUCCAUCCAAGGUCAGGAAGAACAACAGACGAGCAUAAACCCAGUGCUCUGGCUGACUUUCAUUCCAAGAAAGCAUCCAGAAGUAUUUUUAAGGAAAUUUUGCAGCAGAUAUUAAACCAACCAGGUGCACAGCACUAAGUUUCAAUGUCGAGAGUUGUAACAAGCUCAAGUUACUCGACCAGAAAAUCGAACGUCAAACCCCAGGAACCUCAGGGAGGGCUUUCAGCAGGAAGCUCUCAGCAAAAAGGUAUUUGGCUCUUUUUCAGGAGCUGGGGAUUUUCUCAGCCUCUGGCUCGUGCACCUUUGUACAGUCAGGUGUGCACUGGAGGGGAGAGGUGCUCGUGCUGUCACUCUCGCCUGUGUCACACAUGCGCAGGGCUGGGAGCCGCUGGGAGCUCAGAGCCCAGGGAAGGCAGGACAGGAGCCCUGCUCUGUUACUGAGCAACAAAUCCCUCCUGGCCUGGCAAGAAAGAACUCAGCUCUCCUAAGAGGUGAUUCACCUGCACAUGAGCCACUGCCUGCUCUGGCAGCCCAGCCUGCAGGGUUAUUCAUGCAGCCACUUCUGAUCGUCCUGGCUGGAGUUUCCGUGGUUGGCAUUGUGACUACAGAGAGACCAUCAUGUGUGAAACGUGCAGCAUUUUCUUCCAUAAACUUUGAGAACAUCCUGACGUGGGAAACGGAGGCAGAUAUUCCCCCUGGCACUGUGUUUGAUGUCCAGUACAAACAGUAUGGAGAGAAAUCCUGGCUCAACAAACGUGAGUGCCAGAGCAUCACCCAGCUCUCCUGCAACCUCAGCCAGGAGACGGAGAACUUCACGGAGCAUUUCUACGGGCGGGUGCGGGCCAGGGGCUGCUCCCCCGGCUGGGCGCGCUCCGAGAGGUUCGAGCCCCGCAAGGAGAGUAGCCAUUAUAGGGGCCCCACAAGUGGAACACAUUCCCCACGUCCGCUCCAUCAGGUUGGUGAUCCGGCCGCCCCCCACGCCCCUGCGGGGUGAGGAUGGCCAGCAGCUCACCGUGGAGGACAUCUGCAGCAAAUUCGGGGCUGUGGAUUAUCACCUGACAAUGUUCAACAGGAGGACACAGCAGCAGUGGACAAAGAGUGAGCACAGCAAAGAAUUUGAAGUUUCCAACUUGGACCCAGACACUGAAUACAACGGGACAGUUUAUAUGGGCCUGCUGCAGAGAAGGAGCAAACCUCAAAUGUUUUGGGUGAAAACCCUGCCAGACAAGACGUGGAUCCUCUACUGUUUGGUGGCCCUGGCGUUCUGUGCUGGGCUGGUUUUUGCUGCCGGUGCUUAUGUGAUCUACAAAUACAUCAAACAGCGCAGUGCCCAGCCCAGGGCCCUGGACUUCAGAGGGAUUUCACCGUUCCAGCCUCUCACGCUGACAGUGGAGCACAUCAUAAAGCCCCUCACUUUAUCCAAACCCUCCUUUUUCAUCCCUGAAGCGCAGCUGGCCCAGAUGAGCCAACAUUUGGAGGCACCGCGGCCGUUCUGUCCGUACCAGCAGCAGGCGGAUGUUCCCUCGUUGCGGCCGGCCCCGCUGGAGAUGCCAGCUCCGGGCGCUUACGCUCCGCAGGCGGCGGCGCGGAGCGUCCCCGCAGCCCCGGGGCUGCCGCUCACCUACGGGCUGUGCGUGCAGGGCACGGACCGCGGCCCGCAGCCCCAGCACGGCCUCAAGGAAGCUUCUCCAGAUGGAAAACUCCGAACCCAGGAGCUGGGAAAGAGCUGCGGCCGCUGGGAUUACACAGAGCAGCAGGCAAAGGUGUGGAAGGACAGGGACAGGCUGGAGUCGGUGGUGAUCCAGGGGAGCCCCGGGCAGCCGCAGCUGCUGGUGCAGAGCGAGGGAAAGGCAGAGUGCGUGUCCCUGUCUGUGCUGGAACAGGGAGGGUGCUACAGACAGCAGGCAGAGCUGCCCCUGCGGCUGUCGGCAGCGAAAGCUGCCCCAGACUGUGCUCCAGAGGAGGAGCUGCUGCCACCGCUGCCGGCAGCCCUGCUUCUCUCGGUCCGGACUGCGAACGGAGAGAGCCAGGAGCAGUGGAUGCUGCCAGAGCCAUCCCCACACCCCGCGAACAGAGCGCAGCUCCCAGGGACAGCGGGCACGGAAAUGUUCCCGGAGCUGAGCAGCGGCUCCGCCUGGGACACGGACACUCCUCUGGCCAUGCUCUUCAAAGAUCUGGACCUGAAAGUGCAGUGGGAUGAGGAGGACGGCACGGAAUUUUAUUAGGGUGACUGAAUGGAAUUCAAAUCCAGAUGAUGUUUCCCUACAUGAAGCAAUGCAAAGCCACAGCUGGUGCUGGCUGUGCUAACACGGCUCAGGGCUCUCAGACUGUUCCACCGUGGAGUUUGGUGCCUUUACUGAUAGAAUCCUUGUUAUACUGCAACACUGUACCUUUGCACUUAACAGGUCCUUAUUUCUUGUAUAUUCUCAAAUUUAUUAUGAAUUGGAUUACUUUAAAAGUUCAGUUAAGAUUCAGUUUCCAAUCCCAGAUUCAGUUUACUGAAAAUUUAGCAAAAUUCACAACAGAAACUGUGUUUGCCCUUUACCAACACCAAAAAUCGAGGGGAAGAUGUACCCUCCCUUUGAAGAAAUUCAGGUAUUCAAACCUAGGAGUAUUUAAUGUACUAUGGUUCAGUGAAAGAAGUAAAUAGAUAUUAGUGUUCUGCCCUUGGAUAAAUGACUUGGAAAAGAGUAUUUCACUGCCCUGGAAUGGACUUUGCCUUUAAAGGAGUCCUUCAAAGCUCCUGAUGCAGCAGUUCCGUGAAAUAUGUCCCUGUACCCUGUGGUUUUUAAUACCUGUACAAAGAUAAAGCCUUUUUCAUCUCUGCGACAGAUUAAUGCA